AUGGCGCCGGACCCGGAGCUCGCCGCCGGCGCAAAUCAUGUGAACGGGUCCUCCGAGAACAAAGAGACCUCCAAGACGAAUACAAUCCCUUACGAAGCAAACGCGGAUACACCGAAAAGCGGAAAGGGCGCAAACUGGGCUGACGUUUACAGCGAAGUCUAUGACCCUAGCAAGAGUAUAUCGCAAUUCGCAAACAAAGACACCCCUCUUCCUUCCAUCAAGACCGAACCUGCUGGUGACGACUUCGAAACAAGAUCUUUGGGCUUUGAUGGCACCAAUGAUAGUCGCUCGUCAAAAACACUUGCCAGUCGCAAAAACUCACUGCCUUUCCGUGGAGCCUCCUCUGAACGUUCCUCCCCCGCGGUCUCCGUUAAUCCUUCAACCUCCAAAAAAUCCGCAUCUGCAGCUACCAAGAAAGGUACCGCAAAGAAGCCAGCAACCAAGAAGCGAAAGGCCAAUGAUCUUGAUACGGAUAUUAUUGACGAGCGUCGGUCCAAUACCCCUGCAUCUCGUGCCAGCAAAGCCCCGGGCCAGAAACAGGACUCGGUAUCCAAUGCCGGCUCGCCCGUACCCGAACCGAAGAAAAGGAGUAGAAAGCGCCCAAAGGGACGUGCUGCUGACGACGACGAUGACGAGGAGGACGAAAACGCCAUAUUUUGUAUUUGCCGACGACCUGAUAACCAUACAUGGAUGAUUGGGUGCGAUGGUGGGUGUGAGGAUUGGUUCCACGGGAAAUGUGUCCACAUCGAUCCUCGAGAUGCAGAGUUGAUCGAGAAAUAUAUCUGCCCCAAUUGUAGCCAAAGUGGCAAGGGUUGCACCACAUGGAAACCGAUGUGCCGUCUCACCGAAUGUCGUAAACCAGCACGCUUUGCUCAGAAGAGCCAGAGCAAAUAUUGCUCCGACGGACACGGUCAGGAGUACAUGCGUCGUCAAAUCCGCUUCCUCGAGUUAGGACCCGAACAAAAGGGUCAAGAUGAUUUGGGGAGUAUGGGCAGCAUUCUCACACCUGGAAAUCUCAGAACGAUAAUCACAGGUGGAAACUCUGCGGAUGGAUUCCGGAAACUGGGUAAUGAAAUCAUUACCCCGCCACCAGAGUCCAUGGAUUACCACGGUAUCCCCAAUAACAAUAUGAAGAAGGAAGGCGAAACACCAUCGGACACAAAGACAAAUGGAGAUAUCCACCCAACAACAGAAGUUGAAUAUUCCCUCGAGGAAACAGCCAACCUCGAAAAGAUCGGAAAGUGUCGCGACGAGCUUUUGCAUCGCAAAGAAAUGCUUGCAACUCGUACGGCAUUCAUCGCGCUUGUGCGCCAGCGAGCGAAAGCGGUUGUAGAGAAGUUGAAGCAGAAGGAACCCAAGGGCGGAUGGAAGGAUAUCUGCGGGUUUGACUGGAGACUUGCCUGGUCUGAUGGAGAAUUCGAUAAAUGGCGACUGUCCGAAGCAGGUAAAAAGGCGCUCGUGGAAGGUACAGCCCAAGCGCUUGCAGGCAGCUAUCCCACCACCACCGAUCCAGAUGGCGACACAUCCAUGGACGGCGAGGAAGGAGACGAACUAGCCUUUUUGAGUCGCGGUAUUUGCACGAAGAAGCGUUGCGAGAGACACAAGCAAUGGAUGAAGGUGGAGCAGCAGGAUAUUGUGUUUGAGGAGAACACAGCAGAUCAAGAUCUUGCAAGAUAUGAGCAAGACGCACGUUCUGUCACUGAGAGGGCUGUUCUGAGGAAGUGGGCCGGUGAAGUUGCCUUCUAA